AUGAGUGCCGCGGAUGGAGUAGUGGUUCCCGCACUGGGCCAAGGCGCCGGAUGGGGCAUCAUCGUCGGAGCGGGCGCCUUCUUUACGCUGGGCAUGUGGCUGGUCUCGAUCCUCCUGGCCAAAUUCCAGCACGAGGUCCAAGGCUCCGAGAUGUUCAUGACGGCCAAGCGAUCCAUUCGCUCUGGUCUGGUGGCCUCGGGCGUCGUGUCUGGGUGGACGAUCGCAGCCACGCUCCUGACCUCGACGAGCUGGGUGUACGAGUUCGGCGUGAGCGGAGCCUACUUUUACGCCGCCUACGCCAACGUGCAAAUAUUUGUUUUUGCAAUUGCCGCCGUCGAGCUCAAGCGCCGCGCGCCAGGCGCUCACACCGUGCUGGAGGUCACUCGUAUCCGCUAUGGGACGCUGGGUCACGCGACCCAGAUCUUCUACUCGACGCUGCGCCAGAUCUUCAACAGCGUCAAUAUCCUCAUCGGCGGCAGCGCCGUGUUCACCGCGCUGACCGGCAUGAACGUUAUUGCCGGAAUUUGGACUUUACCGCUGGGCGUGGCCUUAUACACUAUGGCUGGCGGCAUCAAGGCUACCAUUCUGACGGACUAUGCGCACAAUAUCAUCGUCUAUGUCCUCAUUCUGACGGGCAUGUUCGUCGUCUACACCACCUCCAGCUUGCUCGGGUCUUCCGGCGCGGUCUUUGAUGCCCUGCAAGAUGCAGCACAGCGAGACCCGGUCGCCGGAAAUUCCGGCGGCAGCUAUUUGACCAUGUCGAGCCAGACUGGAAUUCUACUGGGCGUGGUGGUGCUGACCUCAGCGUUCGGGAGUACGGUCGAUGUCCAAUUGUUCCAGAAAGCUAUUGCAGCCAGUCCAGGAGCUACGCUCCCGGGCUAUUUUAUCGGCGGCCUGGCGUGGCUAGCCAUUCCCUUUGGUCUCGCCACCACCUUUGGGUUGACAUGCAGAGCCGUCGAGGAUACCCCUUUCUUCCCGACCUAUCCUCGCCCAAUGUCCGCGCUGGAGAUCAGUCGAGGCCUCGCCUUACCCUAUGCGACCGAGACACUUAUGGGAAAAGGCGGUUCGGGAUUCGUUUUGCUGAUGACGUUCAUGGCCUGCACGAGCGGGUUUUCCUCCGACCUGGUCUCCGUCGCGUCAGUCUUCACGUACGACGUGUACGCCGCGUACAUCGACCCCAACGUGCGCGGCACUCGCGUCAUGACCAUCUCGCACCUGACCGUUGUCGUGUGGACCGUUUGCAUAGCGGCCAUUGCCACGGGUCUUUCGCAGACGACCAUUGGUGUCAGCUACAUCCUGACCACGACUGGGAUCUGGACGGCGUCCAUGGUGUUCCCUAUGUAUGCGACUGUUCUGUGGGGCCAACAGAACGUUGUUGCUGCGGGCCUGGCUCCGACCCUAGGGUCAGUCACGGCCAUCGCGAGCUGGCUAGGCAGUGCGUACGCUCUCGAAGGGGCUGUCACUGUCGACACCACUUCAGCUGUGCUGCCCCUGGUCGUUGGCAACUCGGUGUCGCUGGUCAGUGGAGCUGUGUAUAGUGUUCUGUUGACCUUUGUGUUUGGAUCGCAGGAGUUUGACUGGGAUCUGCUGAAGACGGGCAUCCGCGCCGUCGAUGACUCGGACGUCAAGGGCGUCACUCCGGAACAGCUGGCGCAGCAGAUCGGCAGUGAGAAGCUCAGCAAAGAGGAAGAACGCUCGCUCGUGCAGGCCAAGAAGGUGGGGAUCGUGUUGGCAGCGGUGCUGUUCUUGGUCUUUGUCGUGUUGAUCCCUCUGCCCCUGUACGGCACAGGGUAUGUGUUCAGCAAAGAGUUCUUCACAUUUUGGGUGGUCUUGACCUUUGGCAUCGCCUGGAGUUCGGCAUUGGUGAUCUUGUUAUUGCCCGUGUGGCAGUCCCGACGGACCUUGUUGCGGUUCUGGAGGUACGCGUUCGGAAAGCGAAGACAGUCGCUGGCAGACCAGGAGCAACGGCCACGAAAUAUAGAGACAUAGAAGAUAAAAC